CAUGUACUACCUCUCGCGUGUGAGGAGGGAGCACUGUAUAUAUUUACAUGCAGCACCGAAUCUCUGGUAGCAGACACACACCCACUGUGCACCCGAAUAAACAGACACACUUCUACUCGGGCAAUUUGUUCAGUCACAAUGGUGUUCUCGCUGGAAACCGCUGGACUGUGGAAAGCUCCCCUCUUUUUAGUGAUGUGCCUUCACCUGUCCCGGGUGUGCUCUGGGAGCUCCGUACCUAAGCAGCAGAAAAUAGAUGUCAGAAGCUGCCUCAACAUUUCAAAGCAGCUGCUGAGCGAGGUGAAAGAAAGUCUAACGCACCCCGACGUGACUGGAGGCUUUAACUGCACUGAUAAUGUUCUUGCACUGGAGGACAUCACUGAGAAUCUCACCAGCACCGCCUGGUCCUGUUCCCCGGCCCAGGAGUCUGGUAAAUGCAAGGAGAGCGGAGACCCGCAAGGAUCCCGAUUCCCAAUUGACCAGUGCUUUCAAAAUAUUACUGCCGAUUUACAGAUCUACCAAACUAAACUUCAUAAUUUCUCCCACGUCACCCGGAAUGUGUUUAAACAGAUCCAGCAACUUCUGAAUGCUCUUAAUUCUGAUUCAAUCUAUGAUGACGUAUAUUUUGAAGUUGGGUCAACAACAGAAACUGAGGAGAAACCUAACUUUCCCCAAAGGAUGGUUUUGUGCAAAAUUUUGCAGGCUUUCAAGUUGCGUACGAUCACAAUCAACAGAGUGAUGAAUUAUCUGAAUGAUACCGAACUCUAAUUGUACAGAAUCUAAAUACCUUCACACCACAGUAAUUUGUGAUCAACUUUUAUUUUGGUUUUACACUAUUUAUAUCAAAUAUGCUAACACAACACUCCUCCCCUCUUGGAACGACAUAUUUAUUUAAAUAUUUAUUUAAUAUUUAUCACUUUUAUCAGGGGGCUAAGAUAUUAUAACUUAUCUGGGAGCUGGGAUCAAUAUGAAAAGGAUAGUCUUUUUUUACUGAUUAUACAGUGGCAUUGUUCACUAAAAAUGUAUUUUUCUGAUUACUUUUCUAUAAAAUUUGCAAUGUUUACACUGAUCGGUGCUGAAUUUUUAAAGAAUAUUUAUUAAAAUAUACCAAUUUCUAGCAAAUUGCCUGUGACAUUGCCCACCAUCAGUUAAUAAAUGUAAAUUUAUUUUAUAUACUUAUUGUGAAGGGACACUUCAAAAUUCAGUUGUAAAGUCACCUAGUGCCCAAACCAAGUACUUCAUUGUGGAAGUUGACAGUGCAAAAUUGAAUAUUAACAUUGAAAUUAUAAUGAAAUUUACAAUGAUAAAUGCUAUAUAAAACCGUAAUUAAAUA